AUGGGACCGUCGCGUCCCGAUCCCAAGCACGCCCAUGCACAUUCUAUGACGGAUGUGCAGCAGGACGCAGCGGCGACCGGGCCAACAGGUGCUCGAGCCAGAUCCCGCCUGAGCUGGCGACGAUGGAGGGAGCUUUGCGGUUGGAAGUCAAUGGCACAAGUCCUGUCGUUGGCGGGCAAACCGAAUCGUGCCGGAUCCGCAAUGCCAGGCGCUGCCCUCGAUUCGUCCGGCUCGCAAAGUUGUGGGCAAGGAACUCGCCGGGUGCUUGAGGAACUGGACCAGCCCGCUUUCCUAUUCGUCGGACUGAUCGGUGGUUGGGGAUGGGGUGCGAUGAGUCUCAUGUGCUCGCCUGCCUGUCUGCGCUGUUUGCGCGCCGAGCGACGGCGCGGGUCGCCUUGGCCUGGCGCAUCUUUUUCGCGCACAGCGGCUGGCGCGCCCGAGAAAUCCUUGCGCCCGCCCGCCUCGCCUCGCCUCGCCUCGAUUCUUCUGCUGGGCGCCGGACCAACGGCCGCUGGAAGAGCCAGGCCCAAGCCCAAGCCCAAGCCCAAGCCCAAGCUCAAUCCCAAUCCCAAGCAGCAGUGCGAUCACAGCGAUUUCGGAAUCUUCCUCUGUGGCCAGGGCGGGCGAGCGACCAAAGCGCGAGAUCAGAGAGAGCGACCGCCCAGCGCCUCCUUCUCCCUUCUUCCCCCUUCUCACUCCUCCCCGUCAUCCAUCUCCUUCACCCUACCCCAUAUCGACAUCAUGCCUGUCAUCCAGCGCACCGCUGUGCGGGCUGCUAGCCGCACCGCUCUCCGAGCCCGACAGAACGCCGCCGCUCUCUCCACCGUCGCCCGCGCCGCUGUCAACGCUUCGUCCAGCGUCCGUGCCGCCGCCCCCAAGGUCGCCAUCGCUGCCGUCAAGCCCGCCGUCCAGGCAUCCUCGCAAAUAAGUGCAUACUGUCCCGGCCCGCCCAGAGCACAGCAGUCAUCGCAGCCGCCAUUGUCAGCGACACGUGCAUUCGACAUUCGCAUCACACCUCGCGACAGCUCUUUCCUGCUCCCCGUUUCUGGUGCUGACCCCCUCGCAAUUUUUUAUUCGCUCUCUUCUUUGUCUCCAGCUCGCGGCCUUGCCACCGAGACCUCCCCCAAGGGCCAGACCGGUGCCGUCAAGACCGUCAUCGGUCCCGUCGUCGACGUGCAGUUCGACACCGAGGAGCUCCCCUCCAUCCUCAACGCCCUCGAGGUCCAGGAUGUCCAGGGUGGCGGUCGUCUCGUUCUCGAGGUCGCCCAGCACCUCGGUGAGAACACCGUCCGUGCCAUCGCCAUGGAGGGUACCGAGGGUCUCGUCCGUGGCCAGAAGGUCGUCGACACCGGCCUUCCCAUCCAGAUCCCCGUCGGCCCCGGCACCCUUGGCCGCAUCAUGAACGUCAUCGGCGAGCCCAUGGACGAGCGCGGACCCAUCAAGGGCAAGAAGCUCGCUCCCAUCCACGUCGAGCCCCCCGCGUUCGUCGACCAGUCCACCAAGGCCGAGGUGCUCGAGACCGGUAUCAAGGUCGUCGACCUCCUCGCCCCUUACGCCCGUGGUGGUAAGAUUGGCCUCUUCGGUGGUGCCGGUGUCGGAAAGACCGUCUUCAUCCAGGAGCUCAUCAACAACGUCGCCAAGGCUCACGGUGGUUACUCCGUCUUCACCGGUGUCGGCGAGCGUACCCGUGAGGGUAACGAUCUCUACCACGAGAUGAUCGAGACCGGUGUCAUCAACCUCGAGGGUGACUCCAAGGUCGCGCUCGUCUUCGGUCAGAUGAACGAGCCCCCUGGUGCCCGUGCCCGUGUCGCCCUUACCGGUCUCACCAUCGCCGAAUACUUCCGUGACGAGGAGGGCCAGGACGUGCUUCUCUUCAUCGACAACAUCUUCCGCUUCACCCAGGCCGGUUCCGAGACCUCGGCUCUGCUCGGCCGUAUUCCCUCGGCCGUCGGUUACCAGCCCACCCUGGCCACCGACAUGGGUGUCAUGCAGGAGCGCAUCACCACCACCAAGAAGGGUUCCAUCACCUCCGUCCAGGCCGUCUACGUGCCCGCCGAUGACUUGACUGACCCUGCCCCCGCCACCACCUUCGCCCACUUGGACGCCACCACCGUGCUGUCCCGUGGUAUCUCGGAGCUGGGUAUCUACCCCGCCGUCGACCCCCUCGACUCCAAGUCGCGUAUGCUUGACCCUGCCGUCGUCGGCCGUGAGCACUACGACACCGCCACCAGCGUCCAGAAGCUCCUCCAGGACUACAAGUCGCUCCAGGACAUCAUCGCCAUUCUCGGUAUGGACGAGCUCUCGGAAGAGGACAAGCUCACCGUCGAGCGCGCCCGUAAGAUCCAGCGAUUCAUGAGCCAGCCCUUCGCCGUCGCUCAGGUCUUCACCGGUCUCGAGGGCAAGCUCGUCUCGCUCAAGGACACCAUCUCGGCCUGCAAGGAGAUCCUCCGCGGUGACCACGACGCCCUCCCCGAGUCCGCCUUCUACAUGUGCGGUGGCAUCGACGACGUCAAGAAGAAGGCCGAGGAGAUCGCCCGCAACAUCUAA